AUGUUUUAUUAUGUAAUAAUAAUACUAAUAAUUUUGACUAUACUAUCACUGAUAUGGUGGUACAGACAACGUGUCCACAGUAUGACAGUACUGUCCCGUUGCGGUAUACCSGGACCCCAGCCUCAGCUAAUCAUCGGCAAUAUGACUGACUACUAUCGGUACGGUUAUAAUGAAUGUUUUGAACGGUGGCGCCAAAAAUAUGGCAAAAUUUUUGGCUACUAUUUGGGCGCCAAACCGUUUGUCGUGGUCACUGAUCCCGAAUUACUGAAGCUGAUCCAAGUCAAAGAGUUUAACCAGUUUUUUCAUCGACCAUAUGUCGUACCGGGCGGUCUCUACCGAAACCCGAAGUUUCAUCAACAGAUCAAUCGGGUCGGACCGUUCAAGUGGCGGGCAAUGAGACAAUCGAUGAGCCCGUGGUUUAGUUCRCUACAACUUCGGUCGCUAAUACCAACCAUCGAACAGUGCUCGGAUGUGAUGMUYGGAAAACUGGAACCGUUAGCCGAAUCGGGUCGUGAGUUCAAYAUCUAUCGGGUGUUCGAAGGUAUGACUAUGGAUGCCAUACACCGGACGGCGUUUGGCGUAAUGUCCGAUCCGCAGCUGAAUGUCGAAACCAAUGAGCUUAUGGAUGCUCACCGGACAACAUUGUCGGCCAAAACUAGCGAAUGGUUGGCCACACUGUUGCUAUGUUUCCCGGAGUUUUCGGCGGUCAUCAAUCCAUUGCGCGAUAUACUCGAAAAACUAUGCGAACUGUUCGGGUUGUCCUCGGAUGAGAAACUAUGGCAAAACAUUGAGGCCAUUGUCGACACACGUAUUCAGGGCUAUCGUGAAGGUAUACGCGGCGGCGACAGCUAUAAAGACAUAUUGGAACUGAUGAUCGAAAAACUGGAGGACAGGGAUCCGGAUAAACGGUUGACCAAAACCGAGAUUAUAGCCAACGUGUUGGGUAUCGAUGAGGCGGCUUUCGAAAGUCCGGCCAAUAAUUUGGGUUUCGUUUUUCACUAUCUGGUCAACUGUCCCGAUAUACAGGAGCGCGUAUACGAAGAACUUGAAUGUGUUGUCCUACAGGAAAGUUCGGGUAGUCUAAGCUAUGAUACACUGAAACGACUGGAAUAUACCGAAGCUGUAAUACUCGAAGCGUUUCGCAUAUACCCGACUGACCCCUUGUUUAUCAGUCAUUCACCCGAUCGGGAUUUUGUCUAUCGGGAAUCGCUAACAUUACCCAAAGGUGUCGACAUCAGGGUACCGAUGUAUCAGUUACACCGUGAUCCCGAUCACUGGCCACAACCCGAUCAGUUUCUACCCGACAGGUUCCUCGGCUCCGAUCGCCAGAAAUCAAUCAAUCCGUUUGUCUAUCAGCCGUUCGGUGUCGGACCGCGACUAUGUCCGGGCAAACGGUUCAGUAUAUUUGAAGUCAAACUAAUUAUCGCACAAAUACUGCUACACUAUCGUGUCGUACGGGGUUUGCUAACCGAACCGUUAGACAGUCUAGAGUUAGAUUUCAAACUGUUUUCUCUGUCACCGAAAAACGGUAUUUACGUACGACUAUUGCCGAGAAAAUUUAAAUAA